AAUAAUAAUAAUCAAAAAUGGCGUCUGGGCCGAAGGUUGCCACAACCCCCUUGGAGGUGCUCACCAACGAUGAAACGCGAAUCCCCUCGUUUAUGAGUAAAUAUUGGGCCCCUGGAAUAGGUGGAAGCACGGCUUUUGUAGCUAUGCUUAUUACUAAUUGGUUUGUUAAAAAACCACUGAUGUCUGGGAUUCAGGUGCAUGCUUUCGUGACAGUGGCGGGCGCAGCUCUUGGGAAAUACAUAGAUGAUUAUAGAAACGAUUAUUUCGCUGAAAGAGACGCUGCGUUUAGGCAUUAUAUUCAAUUACACCCUGAGGAUUUUCCUGCUUUCACUCGCAAGAAGUAUAGUGAAGUGUUGGAACCUUGGGUCCCCAUUCGAUAAUUUUCUUGUAAUUCAGGAGUAGUUUAAAUAAAUUUUAUUUAUUAAA